CUGCCUCCUCUUCCCUCCCCCCCUCUCUCUCUCUCCUGGCAGACGGACGUCGAAGGCCACCGCUUAGAAGCGUGAAGCCCCGAGCUUGAAGAAAGAGGAGAAAGACGAUUGAAAAAAUGGCGACGACGAAGCCCCUUCUUCUUCUUCUUCGUCUUCCAGCAGCUGUACGGCUGGAGACGAAGAGGGCUCCCCCGGACGGAAACGGCGGAAUCCCACUUCCUCCCGCCAGCAGCAGCAACCUUCGGAGGCCCGCGCUUUCUCUCUCUAAGCCUUCUUGGGUCGUCAGGACGGAGUCGAACGUGCACAGGGAGGCUCGAACCAAGCCGGAACCCCCUUGCGUCGUCUGCCGUGGGAGCGGAAGGAUCGAUUGUCACCGUUGCCGCGGAAAAGGAAGGACAAACCAUGUUCACCUGAAGAUGCUUCCAAAAGGGGAGUGGCCAAAAUGGUGCCGGACAUGUGGUGGCAGUGGCCUUGAAUACUGCUCACGAUGCCUUGGCACCGGAGAAUACAGGUAUAUAAUGGGCUUCCAGUUUAUGAAGAGGGAGACUAAAGAGAGUGCAGGCAGUGAAAAAAAUCAGAAUGAAGCAAAUGAAGAUUGUCGAAGUACUGCCGAUCGACUCCUCAAUGGUGACUAGUUCGUGCAAAAUUUCAUUGCUGUGAAGAAUGCGGCUCAGUUUACUUGGUCAUUGAAUUAGGCCAAAUGUUGCAGCUCAAGUAUCAAAAACCAUCAGGGGUUUGCCGGCUCUGAAUGUCUUCUUUUCAGUCUAUGGGUGAGAUCCAAAUGUCAUGGCAGCAUUACCAAGAAUCUUGAAAUUCACUGAAGAACAGCAAACCCUUAAAUCGAUCGAGGGAGAUUUGUCAAACGAGGGACAUGCUUCCUUCAUUUCUAGGAUUGAAUUGAUGAUUGAAAUCAUUGUUAGUGGUAUGAGAGUGAAGUACCCUUCCCACACUUUUAGUCUAAAAACAGCUUCUGUUAUGGUGAUAAUAUUACUAAUACUAACAAAAUAUAUUCAACUGCUGCUUAUGUUAGCCAGAAAA